UAUUAUUCUAUUAUUUCUUUGACGAAAAUCAGAAACCCGUCAAAAGUCAAAACCUUUUCGUUUCUCUGACUUUUUUUUUUGAAAACAUGGCAUCUCCCACCGUCACCCAGACCCCACCGGUUCUCCCGGUCUCAAACCCGCAAUUCCAAACCACAACAACAACAACAACCAAAUCCGAAGCAAAACCCGAACCCGAACCAGCGUUCCGCGCGGUCCUAAGCUACGUGACGGGGUCCCUCCGGCAGAGCCUCUCGCAGCGGCGGCCGUGGGCGGAGCUGGGGGACCGCAGCGCGCUCUCGAAGCCGCUGUCGUUCUCGGAGGCGAGCCUCCGCAUGCGGCACAACGUGUCGUACUUCCGCGUGAACUACUACGUGGUGGUUUCGGUGAUCCUGGCCGUGUCGCUCCUGACGAGUCCCACAUCGCUCUUCCUCCUAGCGGCGCUGCUGGCCUCCUGGCUAUUUCUAUACCUGCUCCGCCCCGCCGACCAGCCGCUCCGCCUCUUCGGCCGCACCUUCUCCGACUUCGAGACGCUCUCGCUCCUCGGCGCCGCCACCUUCGUGCUGCUCUUCCUCACCUCGCUCGGCUCCCUCCUCGUCACCGCCUUCACGCUCUCCGUGGCGCUCGUCGCCGCGCACGCCGCCUUCAGGGUCCCCGAGGAUCUCUUCCUCGACGAGCGCCAGGGGGAGCAGUCCGCCGGCUUCUUCUCCAUCCUCCGCGCCGCCGUCGCCGCGCCCCCCGCCGCGUCGCCCGUCCCCGGCCGCGGCUGAUCCCACUGUACACCACAUGACGUCGUGACUUCGGUCUCUCCUCUGCGUCCAUCCACGGUUCAUCCACAGUCGCUGAUUCCUUCAUGCAUUGCUUUAACUUGAAUCAAUAUUAGGAACUUUUUACGCAUUUUUAUUUUAUUUUAUGGUUUUUACGUUUUUCAUGUCCACACUAAACUUUAUAAUUAUUUUUAGUUUUAUAAUUAAAAAUAUUCCAUCUUUUUAAA